ACGGCGAUCCUGGCUCGACCGGCCAGGCCCUGGUCGGCCUCCUGUCGCUGCCUUGACGGUGGUUGUCUUCACAACACGGCGGAGCCAUGGCCGGGACGAGCAGUCCUGAGGCCGUGAAGAAACUGCUGGAAAACAUGCAAGGCGACCUGCGGGCCCUCAGCCUGGAGUGCCGCAAGAAAUUCCCUCCCGUGAAAGAGGCUGCUGAGUCUGGAAUAAUAAAAGUAAAAACUAUAGCUGCACGAAACACUGACAUAUUGGCAGCCCUUAAAGAGAACAGUUCAGAGGUGGUUCAGCCUUUUCUAAUGGGUUGUGGAACAAAGGAACCAAAGAUCACUCAGUUAUGUCUAGCAGCUAUACAACGGCUUAUGUCUCAUGAAGUUGUUUCAGAGGUUGCUGCUGGAAAUGUUAUUAAUAUGCUUUGGCAACUGAUGGAAAAUAGCCUAGAAGAGCUCAAGCUUCUUCAGACUGUUCUUGUAUUAUUAACAACGAAUACGGUUGUCCACGAUGAAGCACUUUCUAAGGCAAUCGUGCUCUGUUUUCGAUUGCAUUUCACAAAGGAUAACAUCACGAACAAUACUGCAGCAGCUACAGUACGGCAAGUAGUUACUGUUGUUUUCGAAAGAGUGGUUGCAGAGGAUGAACGCUAUAGAGAUGUUAAUGAACAGCCAAUUGGAAUUCAAGGAAAUAGUAACAGAAGAUCUGUCAGUACCUUGAGACCAUGUGCUAAAGAUGCAUAUAUGCUUUUUCAGGAUCUUUGUCAGCUGGUUAAUGCUGAUGCUCCUUACUGGCUUGUAGGCAUGACAGAAAUGACCCGGACUUUUGGUCUGGAGCUACUUGAAUCAGUCCUCAAUGAUUUUCCACAAGUAUUUUUACAACAUCAAGAGUUCAGUUUCCUCCUUAAAGAAAGAGUUUGUCCACUUGUCAUAAAGCUCUUCUCACCAAACAUCAAAUUCAGACAAGGUUCUAGUACUUCAUCUUCACCAGCACCCGUGGAAAAGCCUUAUUUUCCUAUCUGCAUGCGCCUUUUGAGGGUUGUUUCUGUUUUGAUCAAGCAGUUUUAUAGCUUGCUGGUAACCGAAUGUGAAAUCUUCCUGUCUUUGCUUGUGAAAUUUCUUGAUGCAGACAAACCUCAGUGGCUAAGAGCGGUUGCAGUAGAAUCUAUACAUAGACUUUGUGUGCAACCACAGCUCUUAAGGUCUUUUUGCCAGUCUUAUGAUAUGAAGCAGCAUUCUACUAAGGUAUUCCGUGACAUAGUGAAUGCUCUGGGGUCAUUUAUUCAAUCAUUAUUUCUUGUACCAAACACAGGGAAUGCUUCCGCUACAACAAACCAAACAGGAGGCAGUGUGCCAGUUGGUACAGCCUCAGCACAAACUGCUCCAGGAAUGCUAGGAAUGGGUGGAGGUGUGACUGUACUACCUGCUUUUGAAUAUAGAGGUACCUGGAUACCUAUCCUCAGUAUAUCUGCACAGGGCAGUGCUAAAGCUACUUAUCUAGAAAUGUUGGACAAAGUGGAGCCACCUACAAUUCCUGAAGGCUAUGCAAUGUCAGUAGCAUUUCACUGUCUAUUGGAUCUUGUCCGUGGCAUGACUAAUAUGAUUGAAGAAGAAUUAGGACAGAUUGAAACAGAUUGCCAGGUUGCAACAACUGAUGCACAGUCUUCACGGACACAGUCUUCAGAUCAGCAAGAUUUUCAUUCAGCAUCUGAUGAGACUAACAAAGAAACAGUUAGCAGAGCUGUUUGGGAAGAAAUGGUGAAUGCGUGCUGGUGUGGUCUCCUUGCUGCAUUAUCUUUACUCCUAGAUGCAAGCACUGAUGAAGCUGCCACAGAAAAUAUUUUAAAAGCAGAGCUGACCAUGGCUGCUUUGUGUGGAAAAUUAGGUCUCGUAACAUCAAGAGAUGCCUUUAUUACUGCAAUUUGCAAAGGCUCGUUGCCACCACAUUAUGCCCUAACUGUGUUAAAUACUACCACUGCUGUUCUUUCUAGUAAAUCAUAUUCCAUCCAGGGGCAGAAUAUUCAGAUGAUCAGUCCCUCAAGUGAGUCUCAUCAACAAGUUGUAGCAGUGGGACAACCACUAGCUCUCCAACCACAGGGAACAGUAAUGCUUACUUCUAAGAAUAUACAGUGCAUGAGAACAUUGCUUAGCUUGGCUCAUUGCCAUGGAGGUGUUCUUGGUACAUCAUGGCAACUUGUCUUGGCUACUCUCCAACAUCUUGUGUGGAUUCUUGGUUUAAAACCAAGCGUUGGAGGUGCUCUAAAGCCUGGAAGACCUGUAGAAGGACCUAGUACAGUUCUGACAACAGCUGUUAUGAGUGAUUUGCCGGUUAUCUCCAACAUACUUUCCAGACUUUUUGAAAGCUCACAGUACCUUGAUGACGUUUCAUUGCAUCACUUAAUAAAUGCACUUUGUUCCUUAUCUCUGGAAGCUAUGGAUAUGGCCUAUGGAAAUAAUAAGGAGCCAUCCCUGUUUGCUGUUGCUAAAUUGCUGGAAACUGGACUAGUUAACAUGCAUAGGAUUGAAAUUUUGUGGAGACCACUGACAGGCCAUCUCUUGGAGAAGGUCUGCCAACAUCCAAAUUCACGGAUGAGAGAAUGGGGAGCAGAGGCUUUAACCUCUCUCAUUAAAGCUGGCUUGACAUUUAACCAUGAUCCUCCACUCUCUCAAAACCAGAGGCUUCAGUUACUUCUGCUAAACCCACUGAAAGAGCUUUCAAACAUCAAUCACCCUGAUAUUAGGCUCAAGCAGCUGGAAUGUGUGUUACAGAUUUUACAGAGUCAGGGUGACAGUCUAGGAUCUGGAUGGCCCUUGGUACUUGGAGUUAUGGGAGCAAUUAGAAGUGAUCAAGGAGAAUCUCUUAUACGGACUGCAUUCCAGUGCCUACAGUUGGUUGUGACUGACUUUUUGCCAACGAUGCCAUGUACUUGCCUACAGAUAGUUGUAGAUGUUGCUGGAAGUUUUGGCCUUCACAAUCAAGAACUAAACAUUAGCUUAACAUCUAUUGGUCUCUUGUGGAAUAUUUCAGAUUAUUUCUUCCAAAGAGGCGACAUUAUUGAAAAGGAGUUGAACAAAGAGGAAGCAGUGCUACAGAAGCAGGCAGAAGAAAAGGGAAUAAUAUUGAAUCGUCCCUUCCAUCCAGCACCACCAUUUGACUGCCUCUGGCUCUGUUUGUAUGCCAAGCUUGGGGAGCUCUGUGUAGACCCACGGCCUGCAGUUAGGAAAAGUGCUGGACAGACCUUGUUUUCUACAAUUGGUGCUCAUGGAACGUUACUUCAACACUCAACAUGGCAUACGGUUAUCUGGAAGGUUCUAUUUCAUUUGCUGGAUCGAGUGCGAGAGUCUUCUACAACUGCUGAUAAAGAGAAGAUUGAGUCUGGUGGUGGUAAUAUCCUCAUUCACCAUUCAAGAGAUACAGCAGAGAAACAGUGGGCUGAGACAUGGGUGUUAACACUAGCUGGAGUAGCUAGAAUAUUCAACACAAGAAGAUACCUCUUGCAAUCCUUAGGAGAUUUUUCUCAAGCUUGGGACGUUCUCCUUGAUCACAUUCAGUCAGCUGCGCUCAGCAAAAACAAUGAAGUUUCACUGGCUGCUUUGAAAAGCUUUCAGGAAAUCUUGCAAAUCGUAUCUCCUGUUAGAGAAACAGAAAAACCUGAUACCCCACCUGCUAUUAAUGUGCCUGUACCUGUCCUCAUUGGAUCAGUGACUACCACUAGCUUUGGAAGAUCUUUUAUGAGAAGUGAUUCUGUAGGAGAAAAGAUUGGAAGAUAUAAUAUAACUGAGCCUCCUGUAAUAACAGAUGAAAUAGAAGACUUGAAUCUUUGGUGGGCUGCCUGGAACACCUGGUUUAGGAUUGGUUCAGAAAGUACGAAGCCUCCUGUUUCUUGUGAUAAAAUGACUUUUAUUCCCAGCCAGCCUUUUCUUACAGCUUUAAUACAGAUAUUUCCAGCCUUGUAUCAGCACAUCAAAACUGGUUUCAGUAUGGAUGAUCUCCAGAAACUGGGUGUCAUUCUCCAUGGUGCAGUCUCUGUUCCAAUCAGUUCGGAUGCAUCCCCUUUCAUCCUGCCUUCAUACACAGAGGCAGUUCUAACAAGUUUGCAAGAAGCAGUCCUCACAGCUUUAGAUGUCCUACAAAAGGCCAUAUGUGUAGGUUCAGAAAGCAUGCAGAUAAUGUAUCCUGCUAUCUUUAAUCAGUUGUUAGCAUUUGUUGAAUUUUCCUGUAAACCACCACAGUAUGGACAGCUCGAAACUAAGCACAUUGCAAAUGCAAAAUAUAAUCAGAUACAACUGUUUGCACCGGCAGAAUGGGUAGCACUGAAUUAUGUACCAUUUGCUGAAAGAUCACUUGAAGUUGUGGUGGACCUGUAUCAGAAAACAGCUUGUCACAAAGCUGUUGUAAAUGAGAAAGUCCUUCAAAAUAUUAUCAAGACACUGAGGAUGCCACUUAGUUUAAAGUAUGCUUGUCCUUCAGAAAGCACGUGGAAGCUGGCUGUUUCUUCUCUCCUUAAAGUUCUCUCCAUUGGGCUUCCAGUUGCAAGGCAGCAUGCUUCCUCUGGAAAAUUUGAUAGCAUGUGGCCAGAGUUAGCCAGUACCUUUGAAAACUUCUUAUUUACUAAAAGUUCACCUCCAGAUAAUCUUUCUAUUCAAGAGUUUCAGAGAAAUGAAAGCAUUGAUGUUGAAGUGGUUCAGCUCAUCAGCACAGAAAUACUGCCAUAUGCUAAUUUUAUUCCCAAGGAAUUUGUUGGUCAGAUUAUGACUAUGCUUAAUAAAGGCUCUAUACAUUCUCAGUCUUCUUCAUUUACAGAAGCAGAAAUAGAUAUCCGUAUGAGAGAGGAGUUUUCCAAGAUGUGUUUUGAAACAUUGCUUCAGUUUUCGUUCAGUAAUAAAGUAACUACUCCUCAAGAAGGCUACAUUUCGCGAAUGGCACUUUCUGUUUUAUUGAAACGAUCACAAGAUGUGCUUUUUCGCUACAUAGAAGAUGAAAGACUAAGUGGCAAAUGUCCUCUUCCACGGCAACAAGUCACAGAAAUAAUAUUUGUAUUAAAAGCUGUCAGUACCCUCAUAGAUUCUCUUAAAAAAACACAGCCAGAAAAUGUUGAUGGCAACACAUGGGCACAAGUUAUUGCUUUGUAUCCAACGUUAGUAGAAUGUAUCACCUGCUCAUCUUCGGAAGUUUGCUCUGCUCUUAAAGAAGCUUUAGUACCCUUUAAAGACUUCAUGCACCCACCAGCAUGCAAGGUACAGAAUGGAGAGUCCUGACCAAAUAGCAGCUGUGUUUUUUUUUUAACUUUUCAAAAAGAGAGAGAGAGAAGCAUCAGUUAAAAAGAAUGUUUGAUCUAACAUGAGACACCUCUGCAGAAAUCUCAUGUGACUUCUACUUGGCAGGUAGUGUUGACUACCUUUAAACUGUACUAGCCAGAACUCUGUGACUUAUAUCACUUCAAGCUUGCAUCUGAAAUACUUCUGGGUGACUAGCCUUUGACUGAGUGGAAUCUAUUUUAAAAGUACAGUACUUGCUACAGUAACUUGAAGUGGUGACUGAAAAGUGGGCUUAUGUACAGAUUGUUGUGCGUGUAUUAAUGAUGUAAUUAAAAAGAAAACCUUCAAUUCAUUUGGAUUUAUUAGGCAGGUGUUUUGCACCAGUUUUUUCCAAGUACAAUGUUGUACAAAAAUUUUAUGCAAGAGGGUACUGUAACAUUCCACAUUAUCUGUAACCAGCCUUUGUAAACAAAGGGAAGAUGUACUUGUGUGUAUAAUAAAUCAUACAGUUCUGUAAAAAAAAAAAAAGAACAAAGUUGCAUUUAUUAUUUAAAUUCUUUUAAAACAUUGAUAACGUUAAAUGCUUGAACAUGUAUUUAUUAAGAAUACUAAGUUGUAUGCUUGCAUUCUUACUUAAUAUUUGCCUUUGCUGGCAGAUAAGCUUAUUUGUAUCAGAUCAUGCAAUUUUCCUUCCUUCUUUCUUUCUUUCUUUCACUAUAUUUGAAUGUAUUUUACCUGUGGCCAAUGAAUAAAAAUUCUAACAGAAUUUCUGCUAUGGAUAAAGAUAGUGGUGAACAGUUUGUGAAGUGCCAUGUUGAAAUAAAUGGAUCUGAAAAGGCAGAGAAUUGAGUGUAGCACUCAAACACUACCAUACCUCUCUUCAUUGAUAAUUGUUUUAUUGUUGUUUUUGGAAGUUCUGCUUUUUUAGCCUUCUCUCUGAAAUGUAUAUGUAACUGGGUUUGUUUGUUUUUUUGCCCCAGAUAACAUUGGUCACUGUUGUUGAAUUAUGACAAAAUUAUUUCAAAUAUCAGCAAUAUUUUACUUGUAUUUCUUGUCAUUGUUUCAACAAUCUUAAGUGCUUUGUUUUGUAAUGUCUUUCCAAUCUGAAGAAUAACUGUCCUACUGUUCAAGUAUAUGUGUGUGAUACAAACCAAGAAGUGUAUUUUUGAAGAUAGUUUAGAGAUACAGUAAACUGUCAUGAAGUACAA